ACGCUCUUCCGCUGCCAUAAGUCAUAAUUCAUAAACCCUUUCAUAAAUCCCACACGCUCUAUCUCCCCACUGCGUUUGUAGCUGUAGCCAUGCGGAGUCUAAUAUCGGGUAGUCUGAGCAAGCUAUGGGGUGGAAUCAGCAAAUCACUGACUUCGCCGUCCAUGGCGGCGACGGCUCGUAGGUCUUACGGUCUGGUACCAAUGGUGAUCGAGCACUCGUCUAGAGGAGAGCGUGCCUAUGACAUCUUCUCGCGCCUUCUCAAGGAGCGAAUCAUCUGCAUAAACGGCCCGAUCUCCGACGACACGGCCCACGUCGUGGUGGCUCAGCUCCUCUUCCUCGAAUCUGAAAACCCCUCCAAACCCAUUCACAUGUACCUCAACUCCCCCGGCGGCGCUGUCACAGCAGGUCUUGCUAUUUAUGAUACAAUGCAGUACAUUCGUUCUCCAAUCAAUACUAUAUGUUUGGGUCAAGCUGCUUCCAUGGGUUCUCUCCUCUUGGCUGCUGGAGCAAAGGGUGAGAGGCGGGCUCUCCCUAAUGCGACAAUUAUGAUUCAUCAGCCUUCGGGUGGCUAUAGUGGACAGGCUAAGGACAUGACCAUUCACACCAAGCAGAUUGUUCGGGUUUGGGAUUCACUGAAUGCAUUAUACUCAAAGCAUACUGGACAGUCUGUAGAGACAAUUCAGAAGAAUAUGGAUCGGGAUUAUUUUAUGACCCCGGAAGAAGCAAAGGAGUUUGGAAUAAUUGAUGAGGUUAUUGAUCAGAGGCCAAUGGCUCUGGUGACUGAUGCCAUUGAGAAUGAGGGCAAAGAUAAAGGUGCAAAGUAGGAUUUGAGGUUAUUUUGGUUCCUUGGCAAUGUCUCCAACUGUGUGCUUAACGGGAAGUUUGUUUAUUUAAUUUAGGAGUUAACACUGGUGAGUAUGGAAGUGAAUCCCUUUUUAGAAGUCAAGUUUUACUCUAAUGGUCGCUUUGAGAUUAUAAAUUGCCAUUAGGAACAGGCUAAAUUAUCUUCUGAUUUCCUCCUCAGCAGAUUCUAUGAUUUAGGCAAUUCUUGCCAAUUUGAUAAAUGAUUUUUUAUGCCAA